CAUGGUCAGUCAGUUUGUGAUCUUGGYAGCCGAUUAGUUGAGCAUUUGACUGCGUUGAUUACUUAACCACUAGUCAAAACUACAAGUGCACGUCUUUAUUGAAUUGGACAGAUUCAGAAGUGAUCGUGCGUGUUAACAAGCUUGACUCUAAUGAAUACUGGAGGAGUUCUAUUAAUGACGAAAAGGACAUCACACGCGACACUCUCCCAUAUUCUUUAGUUUGUUUACCAUUUGCAGUUMAGGGUUCACUGGCAGAGCUAGUAAACAGCCAGAUGGCUUCUUCUCUUCCAGAAGAAAAUGGAAGAUCCGAUGAAGAAGAUGACGAUGAAGAACUUGAAGAGAAGUAUCCAGCGGUAUCGAACCCUGAACCCGAAGAUCUAGCCAGGAGAAAGUCUGAUUCAAGAAUAACCAAACUACGGCGAAGGAUCUCCCAAGGUUUACGACUCUCAUUUGCCAAAGAGGAAGACGAGGUCUUUGGAGAAAAGCAGAAUAUUAAGACUAAUAACGUAUAUAGGCCAAAUAUCCUAUCAGAGUCUGACGUUGAAGACCAAUCCAAAAAGACCCCAGUACGACGCACUGUUUCAGAUACUGUCGGCAACAGGUUACGUAAAAUUAGCAGCUUUCUUAUUGACAGUAGAAGGCACUCUGAAGAGUUUACCCCUGAGGAAUUUGAGAGUGCAUGCUCGCAGCCUCUGUCACCUUCUUACGGACGGCUGGAAUCUUAUCAGAAGCUUGAACCUCUCGGCGAAGGCUCGUAUGCUACUGUCUUCAAAGGCAUUUGCACCGCAAAUCGAAAGAUUGUUGCUUUGAAGGAGAUAAGACUACAAGAAGAAGAAGGGGCACCAUUCACUGCCAUUCGAGAAGCUUCUCUAUUAAGACAGUUGAAGCAGGCCAACAUAGUUAAACUGCAUGACAUAAUUCAUACGAAGGACACACUCAUGUUUGUCUUUGAGUUUAUYGACACCGAUUUAAAUAGCUACUUGGAAAAAUAUCCUAGAGGAGUUUGUCCAAAUAAUGCUAAGAUCUUCAUAUUUCAGCUGCUUCGAGGACUAGCAUACAUUCAUCAACGGAAAAUACUCCAUAGGGAUAUUAAACCUCAAAACUUACUAAUUAGCGAGAAAGGUGAACUUAAAUUAGCAGAUUUUGGYUUAGCAAGAGCAAAAUCUGUUCCAAGUCGGACGUACUCUAAUGAAGUGGUCACCCUGUGGUACCGUCCGCCUGAUGUUUUGUUAGGAUCAAAGGACUACACGACGUCUCUUGACAUUUGGGCAGCUGGAUGUAUAUUUGUAGAAAUGGUCAGCGGUGUGGCGUUGUUUCCUGGWUUAAGAGAUCACCUCGACCAACUGAACAAAAUAUGGCAGGUACUAGGAACUCCCAACGAAGAUUCUUGGCCGGGCGUCUCAAAGCUUACAGAAUAUARUAUAGAUGCAUUUCUGGAAUACCCAUCACAAAGACUUGGAUAUGCCGUACCAAAACUGAUAGACAUUCCUGGAGCUGAAAAAUUGGCAGCAAAUAUGAUACAACUGGAUCCAAAAAACCGCAUCAGAGCGAAACAGGCCCUACAAAGUUCGUACUUUAGUGGUUUGCCAGACGAGGUUUACACYAUAAGUGAUGAAGAAUCCAUAUUUAGCGUCACUGGUGUAGAAUUCACUAAGGAACCAAGCUGAUUUUAACAGAGACGYGAGUACCAUCUCAUUAGAGUUACCAUGCCAACAGGAAACAGAUGAAUUAGAACAGAUCUGUACCACUCAAACUCUGACACAACGUAUAACAACGUCAUGAAGGAACUCCUUGAUUUCGGAGGAUUGGUUCUUGGACGUGGUUCUUGGAGACAAGGAGUAAGAUAGGACGAAGGUAGAAUGUUAGGUAAUAAGUAAUGUUAACCAAUCAAGAGAUAGAGAAUUUAGGUCCAGUGAAUACGAUUUUAGUAUAGUCGUUUUGUAAGCGAUCACUCUGCGUAAACGGUAGUGUCUCGUCCACAACAAAAAGGCCUAUAUAGACGUUGAUUUUUGUGAGCGUUUCCAUAAAAUGCAACCUGAAAUCACAGUGUGGACAAUACUUUGAGUAUCAGGACCUCUGGACUGAUGAGGAGAGAGGCCUUUCCUGCCUAACUUAGGGCCUGAUACUAAAGUGUGUGCAGAUUUUUAGUCGUUUACAACCGGCCGUUUACAAAGCUUUGACUUGUGGCUCUUGGAAUCUUACAACCURUACGACAACGGCUUAUCUUCAAAAAAUAUAUCCACAGCUCCAAGUAAGAUAACUUAAUUUAGAAGGUUAGAACAGUAGAUUUUGGUACCCAAGCUAUUGUAGAAUAAAAUGGGCGUUAAUUUAUUUUUAUAAAGCGCGCUGGUUCGUGUUAGUUAAUAUAAAGUUGCUAUAUAUAUCAUUGAUGCAUUAUGCAUAUAGUUAGCGCGCAAAGAAGAUAGAUGAUAUGUAAUAUAAUAUUUUCAUGAUUGAUUAUAAUGCAUGCUGGGAGAAUUACUCUCAUUCUCCUCAAUUUUUAGUUCUGUAAAUCUCUUUUUAAUUGGAGAUAUAUAGACUGUAGAAUACUCCAAACCGAUUCUGUAUGACUACAUUGUCAUUUGUGUAAAGCUAAGAAAAUGAUAUGUGGAGUUUCUGUUUAUAUACAUCGUGAUAAUUCAUUGGCGGAUCCACCUUGUGGAAAUAUACUAGUCGUGCACACGUUUUCCUAAGUGAAACAUUGUACUCUUCAAUACUUUCUGAUAUUUGUUCCAAUGUAUUUGUGAUGAUUUUUGUGGCUUGCUCCGCUCCCUGAAGAAAGUCUUGGAUCCCGGGUAGAUAAGGUUUUAAUCAUGGAGUUUUGCAGUCGUUUGGGGUACAUUAUUUGCGCUGCGUUAAUUGGAAAAAAAAAACAAGUCGUACUUCUAGAUUAUCCAAACAAAACGUCCCAUCAUGCAUUGCCAACCGACAUAAAGAUAGUAGAACUCAAGGCCAUCGUAAKACGUACAGGAAAAACAACCGAAAGAAAAUAUAAGCAUAUGAUCACCCGAGGUCUUUGGAACUAGAAUCUAUUUUUAUCCGCCAAUAGAGCUGCAUUCCCAAGACCUGCAAAUCAGAAUAUCGACUU